CUCAGCGGAGGCCUCUAGCGAGUUGCAACCAGAGCGGUGAAUGUAAGUGAAAGCGUGAGCCGCCUGUCUCGGAUGUUUCGAGAGAAGAUUGAAAGAACUCAAAGAUUCAAUAACUUUGUCAUUAUUGGUAUAAAAUAUGGAUAUGAAUUUUCCGGUAGAGGAAAGAUCAUCCGCUUUCAUGAUUUCUCAGAAGAAGCUGUUUUCUGUCAUCAGCCUGGACCCAAAAAAGCUAACUUCGAUCCACUUGCUGAAGGUUAUUGAAUUCUUAGAAUGUUGGUGGAAGAAGCAACGGAAACCAGAUCUUUCGCUUCAAUUUGCCGACAGCAAGGCGCUUUGCUCUAUUCACCACUUGCGCAUAUGAUGCGAAGAAUUGUCUGUCAUUUCUAUUGCUAUAAAUUGCUGUGUGAAAGUCAAGAUACCCCUGUAAAGUGUGUUUUUCCUGUACAAUACUACGUCUAGUGGGACAGUACAAUUAUAUUUUUAUCAAAUAAUGGGGUGAUCACUGAAGUUUAGACUAUAAUAUUUUCAACUAAUGAAAUUAUAUUAGAACUCUAUGUGGUCGGCAGGUUCAAAAACAGGGUUUAGCCCUCCCUCCCCGUCUCCCUCGAAAUCUAGGGAAACCCUUACCUUAGACAAGGCUGCAUUUCUUUUAAUCAGAAUUAAACGUGCAUUUCACAAAAAGAAGAAAAAAAGUCACGUGACUGAGAAAGUUUUGCCUAAGAAGAGACCUCCACUACUUCGGGCCAAAACCUUACCGGCCAUUAUCACUCCGAGUCUGAGCAUAAUUCAAGCUCAAUUGGACAGCACUAAAAGUCCUGGGAACAAAAGCGAAAAUAACUGUCAAACCAAGUUGUCACCAAGUCAUACCAAAGCUAAACGUAGUUCUUCUGGCAGCUUCUUGAGAGGAAAAACCCAAGAAUCAAAUAGCCUAAAUUUGCUGGUUUUAGAAGACGACAGGAACUCAUCUUCUUCCAGAUCUUUAAGUGUUUCACCUGUUUCCCCAAGACAUCAUUACGGUGCUGCAAGCAAGCAGAAAUAUGAAUCAUCUGGAACUCCAUUAACACGUGUUGGCUUUACAAAGCUGGCUCGUUUAUUAACCUCCAAAGACAAAACCACAGAAAAUACAAACACUUCUCCACAGGCGAAAAAAGGAGCCAUUACUGUUCGGAAAGCCAGCAGUAUUGAUAGCCUUUUAAACGUUUCAAGUCAAAACACAGAGUUAUCUAGUAGUUUGGAUACUCAAGGGAACAACAUACCCUACAGUGGAGCCACCACCGGCGGACUGGUCGUACCUAAUAAUAAACAUCUUCCAUUUUCACCAAGUGUUCCAGCCCAACUAGAAAACCAAAAAAAGGCAGUAGUGCCUUUAUCCCCUGCUAUGCCAAAUAAACUAAUCAAAGCAAUUCCAGGAGUUCGGCAAGGUAGCGUGGAUUUGUUGUUCGAAGGCCUAGCUUUAACAAAAGCCGAAAGGAAAAAGUUGGAGAAACUCAAUAAAUUUAAUAUUGAUCUGCAAGCCCUUUUCGUUGCCGUUGAACAUGAAAACGUUGAACGUGUACAAACAAUUUUCGAAACAACUGACGUUGACGUCAACAGCGUAAAUGGAGAUGGCUUUACUCCACUGGACAUCGCUCUGAUGACUAACAGUGCCUCAAUGGUCAAACUUCUUCAGUCACGUGGAGGUAGAGAAAGCACAAAAUUUCCCACCAAGGAGUGCCGAAGUAGUCACAUCAGUACUCUGGUUGAAGAAGCAGAGCGUUGUAUUGAAGAGUUAAAAUCUUGUCUGGUUAGUGCUUCCACCAACACUAGCUUCACAGCACCCCUUUUUAAGGAAAAGGAACGACAACUCGCACUUUGGCAGAGACGUCACGAGCUAUUGAAAAGAAUGGGGAAAGGAUUUGAACAAAUACGAGUGCCAGACCUACCUAAGUUAGUGCACCUUGAGGUAGCUGGAACUGAUUCCUUGAAAAUAAGGAUCGAAGAAUCACAAACGGCAAAAGCUCCAGAAACGAUUGUAACCAAAUACAAAGUUGUAUGUAGUACCGUGGAAGACUUCAGUUCCUUGGUGACAUCUCAAGAAGUUACGGAUGUGCAGAGGUUGGAGGUGGUCGUCACUAACUUAGUCCAUGGUUCAACUUAUUAUAUUCAGGUGGCAGCUGGGAACAGUAAAGGCUUCAGCAGCUUUCAGAAAACUUAUCCGAUUUCUGCUGUUCCCUCCAGCUGGAGAGAUCUUGACAACAGAGAGGCAAGGGGAGUAGGUCAGCUAAGAAAACUGGAUGACUUGUUUCAUCAGAUCAUUAAUUCCCGGCCUGCUCAUGCAUCAGAAGUUAAAGUUUCAACAGAACCAUCUGACACUCCUCAUCAGCAACGUCGUCAGAUGAAGAAAAGUCUUAAAAAUUUGUUUACUUCAUCCCCAAACUUUCAGAAAAAUAUGAAGAGAGGGGUUUAUCUAGCUUGUCUUUUCUACCACGAAGAUAAAAUCUUAGUAACAACUGAAGAAACAUUACCUGUCUUGGAAGUUGAUGAGUCUUAUCCUCCAUUCCUUCACGCGGACUUUCAUUGGCUGAUGAAGGUUGCAUGUACAUGGGAAGAUGUCAAAACUCUUCGACAGGAUAUGGAAAAAAGCCACAGUGCCUCCACCCUUCACUUCAGGAGUAAACUACUACAGGCCAUUGAACAGAUGCAGGCUGCGUUAGGGACCCACGACAUGGGACAGCUGUUUUACAAGCCGUUUAAGGAUACUGAAGGAACUCUUGUCAUAACCACCGUUAAAUAUGUCAGCGACCUCAAAAGUCAGAAAAAUUUGUCAGUAAGAUGGCUUCCUUUAUCAAAAAUUCAACGUAAACUUCCUUCCAUCAUUACUGGUGAUUGUGGUGAAACGCCAUCUGUUAACGAACAGUUACUCUCGUCUCUCCAGGAGAUAAUCAUUUACAAUCAGGUCAGUUGUCUUCAUUUGUCACGUGGAUUGUAUCUGGGCUAUGUAAAACUGAAAAGUUCUGUGGAUGUUAUUCGAGUGCUCGUGCCGUGGAAAGCUCCCAAUGUCUUGCCUUUCUGCAGGAUUAGAGAAAAUCCUCAUGUAGCAAAAGAAGAAUGGGAAUGGAUGCAAGCCUUAGCCAAUGACGAACAGUCAGAUUCUCCAACGACGGUCCAACAACGCUUUCAAAAGCUUUUGACAUCAGCAGUUAAGAACCUAUGCUCCCAUUAUAGUAUUCCAGCUGAUCAGAUUGGUACUCACAGAAUCUACGAAGCAGAAGUGAUUGAACUGAGUCCAGACGUUUCUUUCGUGCUCAUGAUGCCCCCCCUUGACUCCGUUUGUUCCGUACCUGGCCAGUCGGAUGAGUUGACGUCUCGCACGGACUGUAUUCCCCUUCCCGUGCAGAUCUUUGAAAUGAUUCACAUGAAGACGUACAAUCCCAACUUUAUCGCUCGUUACUCUCGUCUUUCUUCAAUCCUCGAAAUGGACACCAUGCUUGCACAGCAUGCCCAACGAAAGGCAUUUUCGUCAUCAGAGGUAACAUCAGCAAAACACCGACUGAAUCAGCUGCAGGAGUUUCAAAUCCAAGUAGACAACACUUGGCGAGCCAUGCGGUGGAUCAUGGACGUGUUAACCUUUGCUAGGGAUAAGCAAUCCAACUGUGGUAUUUCUCUGGAUCACAUAAUGAUCCAAGAUACAGGAUCUCCUUCUCCACAGUCUUCCCCUCGGCAGUCCUCUGUACAAGAUAUUUUCAGUUACAAAAGAGAAGAAUGUAGGCUAUCACCUGAUACUUCUUUAAAAAUAGCAUCUUCAUCAAGCUUGCAAAAUACGGAAUGUCGUUACAAAGAAAUACGUCGAAGCGCGUCUACUUCUCGCUUGCUAAAGAACAACUCCAAACCAGAAACGGACAUGAAUGAUUCUGCAGACUUAUAUUCUCCUAAGGAUACCAGUUUUAACUUAGUUGCAAACACCGUGGAAGUAGACUCUGAAGAAGAUCAAUUAACAAUAACUCAUCACCCCGACUCAUCUCAAAAUACAAAUAUGGGUGAAGAUGAAGAAAAGGAACGAAAACAAGAAUGGCUACUUGACCUUCCAGACUGCAUAGUGCUUUCCAAUAAUGAAAGUUUGCGGAGUAGUAUAACUGACAGUAUCAGGUCGUUAUCAUCUCAUGAGGCAGAUGGUGUCCAGGCAGACGAAGAAGCUUCAGAGAAAGCUAGCGUUUACUCAAAAGACAGUGCUUGUAGCAUCGGUGAAGGAACUCAACUUUGCCAGAACAAUUCUGUCAGUGAGGAAGAAACGUCAGACAGCGAUUUCUUCAAAAGACCGUCAUCGUCAAACUCUAACUCGUCUAAUGGUUCGAAUCCAAGCGCAGCACAACCAGAUAUUUUGCGAAUUUACAUAGCUUAUGAAAGUGGCUUACCUAGUGGCACAAGUGUGAAACUACAUGUCUCCCCACACACCACAGCUCGAGAAAUAGUCGAUCUGGUUGUCAAACAGCUUAAUAUGGCUGUUAUUUUAAAAGGCCGAGGAGGGCCAAUUUAUGCUGCAGCUCAACUAAAAAACUUCUGUCUAACUGCAGUACUAGGCACAAGAGAGCGCUGUCUAAGUGAUGACUUUCAACCACUAAGCUUACAAAAUCCAUGGACCAAAGGGAAGCUCUUUGUGCGUAUAAAAAGUGACAUUACAGAUUCUUCAAAACAAUAAUUCCCUUCACUGAAGUGUUAUCAACCAUGUAACUAACUGUGAAGUGCGGUUCUUAUCAUAAUGAUGUUGUAUAUAUAGAAAUCACCAGGUGGACUGUGUCAGAAGAUCUGUUAUAUCUAAUUCCUGCACUGGAAAUGUGAUCUAGUUGUUCAUUCGCUCGGACAUAGAUGCAGAGAUACCUCAGACUAACAGUCAUUUUUCUUUAAUAUCUGUAUUGCUUUGUUGUUAGUAUAUAUAGUAUCAAAUACUUGACAUCGCUAUUUAAACCUCGCAUAACUUGAAAAAUAAAGCAGAUAAUCUAGGAAUGAAUUUCGAUGAAAUGUUACAUUUGUAAAAAAAAAUAAUGAAACACAAGUUUAGUUUUUAAAACACCACAAUACUGAAAUUCAAAGCAUCUAAUAUGUGGUACAUACAGGUGUUUGAGAAUCUGUAUUUUUUUAUCUUUUGUUGUUACUUGAAGUGUUCUUAAAACAUUAUGCAUGAAUCUUUUUAUCUUUAUACCAGAUUGUUUUCAAGGAAAAUUUAUGAUUCUUGAAGAUUAAGGUUAUUGAUUAUUUAAAUUGUUGACAUGAGUGACGUACUGAUAUACAUUCUUAGUGUUAAUUGUUUGAUUAUUUACUAAAAUUUCACAAAACGAGAAAGCAGCCAAUUUUCAAAACUGCCAGUUUAUCAUCUGUGAUGAGAUGUAAGAUUAGUCUUAACCUAAGUUUUUUGAUCAUGAAUACAAUUCUCUUUCUCAACAUCAGAAUUGUAAACCUUGUAGAAUAUAGUUGAUGAACAUGGUGUACUUUAACUUACCCAUUAGCAAAAGUAUUUAUAGAAUAAAUGAUUUAGUGACUCUUUCUUAUCUUAUAUACGACUACACCUAGCAAAGCAAAAUGAACCUGACAAUGCGUUGUAAACAUCUACAUAUGCCCGGAGUGGUCUGUAUAUGAAGAAUUAACGUGUACAGGCUAACUAGAAGUAAAAAUGUGUUUAUUAGUUGCAUUGUUGCUGCAUUUGUAUAUAAAGCUUUGUUAAACUAUUAUUGCAGCACCAUUCUGUUACCGUACACUAUAUAUAUAUAUUUAAUAAAACAUGCAUCACAUAUA